CCCGAACUUUCCCAACAAGAGGUGGUAAAUGAGAAACUCACCAUGUAUCGCAGCUCAACAAAAAGAAAAUCAGUCCAAAAAUGGCUCUAUCAACUGAACUGUGCUCUUUAGUAAAAGAAACUCACCAGCAUAAAUUUCUACCAUUAUUUGUUUCCCUCCUCCCAUCACAACCCAUCUCUUAGUGUAAACAGAAAAUCACCAUUUUUAACCUUUAGCAGCAAUGGCUGAGCUGUUACUCAUCAAAGAACAGAACAGCUCACGAAUUUUAAUGAUGAAAUGACUACAGGGAAAAACAAUGGAAUAAUUAGUGUUUUUGACCAAAAUUUGUUUCUUUGAUCCACCCUAAAUCCCCCACGUCAUUCGCUAAUUUAGUUUUGGGUCGCAAAAAAACCGCGUUGUUUGUCUACUCUUUUAUUUUUAUCCCAAACAGAUAAUUAAUUGGAUAAUUUCAAUGCUCCACCCUCAUCCCCAGUUUAAAAAGAGGCAGCCAUUUGCAGCUCACAGUUUUUUACCCAAUCAUCCGACACCCUUCUCCGGAGACCAGAGCAGUGAACAGCGAUUGAUUUCAAUUUCCCGCCGGCGGCAAAAAGUCCGAGUCUUUGCUCAGUUAAACAAGUCAAGUCCUAAGAUUUUUUCUAGGGUUUCUUCACUUUGCCUUUCCUCAUUCUAAUUGCUCGUUGAAAUUCUGGGUUUAGGCUGUCAAGAUCAGUCCUAAUUUACUAGUUUUCCUUUUCCCCUUCAAUUUUCCCAUUCUCUGUAAAUUUUCCCGUCAAACAAACAGACAAACAGCCUAGCUGAAAACCCCUUCUCAAACAAGAGGGCGAUCCGCGACAAAAGCUUCUUCUCUGCUCCUUCCUUCUUUAAACAAUUCUUCAUUUUUGGGUGCGGGGUCUCUCUGCGCAUUUGUAUACGCGUCUCGCCUACAAAUACCCAUUCCUCUACCUUCUGCCACCUCUCCUCUGGUUCUGCCUGCUUCGCCCUUCAUUUCAUAGACUGCCGAUUCCGUGUUUCCUUUCCGUGGAUUAAUUGGGAAAGCCCUCUUCUGGAUUCGAAGUUUCUAGGUUUCCCUCUGUGUUCUUCUUUCUCUGGGCCGUGAUGGGUGCUAACAUCUCUUCGAUCUUCAUGGAUCCGGCGACGACUCGCUCUCUGUUCGGCGCUUUCGCGGUUCCAAUCCAACAGCCGCCGCGGAGACCGACUCUGGGCGACUUGCCGGAGAGCUGCGUGGCGCCGAUUCUCGCUAAUUUGGAUCCCGUCGAGAUUUGCAAGCUGGCGACGCUCAACAGGGCGUGUCGCGGCGCGUCUUGGGCUGAUUUCGUGUGGGAGUCCAAGUUGCCGGAGAAUUAUCGGGCCCUUAUGGAGAGAGUGUUGGGCGUUGAAGACGCUGAUGGGAAGAGGAUUAGCAAGAGAGAGAUUUACACCAGACUUUGCGCUGCUAAUACAAUUGAUGAUGGCUCUAAGAAAGUGUGGCUUGAUAAGACGACUGGCGGUGUCUGUCUAUCUCUUGCUUCCAAGGGCUUAAUGAUAACUGGCAUCGAUGAUCGACGAUACUGGAACCACAUUCCAACCGAGGAAUCAAGAUUCUCCUCUGUUGCCUAUCUUCAGCAGAUAUGGUGGUUUGAGGUUGGUGGAGAGUUCGAGUUCCCAUUCCCAGCAGGUACCUACAGUCUGUUCUUCAGGCUACAGCUGGGUCGAACUGCUAAGAGGUUUGGUCGGAGGAUCUGCAACACUGAGCAUGUCCAUGGUUGGGACAAAAAACCAGUUCGGUUUGAACUGACUUCCAACGGUCAGUAUGCAUCUUCACAGCGGUUCUUGAAUGAUACCGGGAAGUGGAACCUGUACCAUGCUGGCGAUUUUGUCGUCCACAAAGAUAAUGAUGCUUCAAUGACGAAGCUGAAGUUCUCGAUGACACAGAUCGACUGUACACACACAAAGGGAGGUCUGUGUUUGGACACUGUACUUGUAUUGCCUAGUAAAUUUAGAGAAAGGUUGAAGCAUUUUUGAGGCGUAUUCAUACCUUUUGAUAAUAGUAGCAGCGAGAGAAGAUUCACUAAAAAAAAAGCAGCGAGAGAAGAUCGUUUUAGGAGAAGAAAUAGCUCAUCAUCUC